UUAAACAAUAAGUUUAUGUAAGAUAAGGAAAAAGACAUCCUCAUUACAGUCCCAGAAUUCAAGAAAAAUGAGGAUUUAGUCUAAUAUCGAGUUCAGUUUCAAAACUAAAAGUCACUUUAAACAUUCGAAAAUCAUUAUAGAUAUUCAGAACUUAAAAGAUUUCAUGAAACCCUAGAAACAUUAAAAGUUGACUUACCUGCAUUUCCAGGAUCAUAUUGGUGGAAAUCUGUCAAUUCUAAUAUUUAACUUAUAUAACAAAGAUAAUAGCUACUUGAUUCAUAUUUCAAAAAUUUGACCCAAAUCAAACUAGUUAGGGAAUCAUUAAUAUAUAAAAACUUUAUUUUAGUUGCCUUAAAAGAAAGUGAUAAAAAAGCAUAAAAAGAGAAUAAAGAAAAAGCAAAGAUAUCUGAGAAUAAGGUUAAAAGAAAAAGAAAAUUAGAAUAGUUUGGUUAAUUCAUUACUCCUAUGCCAAAUCCAGUGAAUUUGCCACCAACUCCUGAAGAUCGAAAAGAAAGAUCUUAAUCUGUGGAGCACAAACCAGUAAAUAGCAUGUAAAGGAAUGAGAGGAAAAAAACAAGCAAAUAAUAAUCACCUGUCCUUAAUUUUGGUGGGUCCAAGAUAUUCAGAGGUAUAUUAUCAAAUGCUGCUAAAUAAUGAGUAAUUUAUUGUAAAAAUAAUAUGUUAAUAUUAAUUAUGCAAUAAGUAAUAUGAUAAA